GGGAAACCCAGACUAGAAGCUUCAGCCCCGAAGGAGGCGCCGGGUGCGAGUGGCUGCUGCAGCCGGUGAGGGAAAGGAUGUCCGUGAGGCAGGGCGGCGCCUGGCGGGCUCCGGGUUGCAGCGGGGUGGCCCAGGGCACUGCGGGGCUGCGGCGAGUGACCGAGGGUGGCGGGGCCUUGCUGCCCUAGACGCGGCUCCUCAUCCUGGGUGCUGAGGGUCGGGCGGCCUCCGCGGCGACAGUCCCCUCCGCUCUCGCUGGGUCUUUGGUGGGCGACAGCGAGAGCUCAGGCUUGGUAUCCCGAGCAGGAGUCUCCCUGGCCCUUGGGGACGUGCUGGGCAUGGUGGAGAGCCCUCCGAAACACGGCUUUUCUCACCUCGGUGGCGGUACCGUGACACCCCCUCCCCUCCACCCCUUCGCUGUGGGAGCCCAAUCACUAGGACCAGAUUUGAGACAGUUUCUGCCCUAGACAGCUGACCCCCUGUCUCGGAUGUGGCCUCAUGGAUGAGCUGGUACAUGACUUAGCUUCAGCCUUGGAGCAGACAUCUGAGCAGAGUAAGCUUGGUGAGCUGUGGGAGGAGAUGGCCCUGAGCCCCAGGCAGCAGAGACGGCAGCUUCGGAAGCGCAGAGGCCGGAAACGCAGGUCUGACUUUUCUCACCUGGCAGAGCAUGCCUGCUGCUUCAGUGAAGCCUCGGAGUCAAGUCUGGAUGAAGCCACCAAGGACUGCCGAGAAGUGGCUCCGCUCACCAAUUUUAGUGACUCUGAUGAUACAUUGGUGAGCAAACGGCACCCAGCUCUCAGUGCCAUCAUUAGAAGUAAGCCACACUCUUGGCAUGAAUCUGACUCCUUUACCGAAAAUGCGCCUUGCCGACCACUCAGGCGCCGGCGGAAGGUGAAGAGAGUGACGUCAGAGGUGGCCGCCAGCCUUCAGCAGAAGCUGAAGGUGUCAGAUUGGAGCUACGAGAGAGGCUGCAGGUUCAAGUCUGCCAAGAAGCAGCGUUUGUCCCGCUGGAAGGAGAACACUCCCUGGACCUCAUCAGGGCAUGGGCUGUGCGAGGCCACAGAAAACAGGACUUUCCUAAGCAGAACAGGAAGGAAAGAGAGGAUGGAGUGUGAAGCGGAGGAAGCGAAGCAGGGCUCUGACGAGAACAUGUCAGAAUGUGAAACUAGCAGUGUGUGCAGCAGCAGCGACACAGGGCUCUUCACCAAUGAUGAAGGACGGCAAGGGGAUGAUGAGCAAAGUGAUUGGUUUUAUGAAGGAGAAUGUGUCCCCGGAUUCACUGUCCAUAACCUUCUGCCCAAGUGGGCUCCUGAUCACUGCACUGAAGUAGAAAGAAUGGACUCUGGACUGGAUAAAUUCUCAGAUCCCACAUUCCUUUUACCUUCCCGGCCAGCUCAAAGAGGAUACCAUGCUCGUCUGAAUCGGUUGCCAGGAGCUGCAGCUCGGUGCCUCAGGAAGGGGCGGAGAAGGCUGGCAGGGAAGGAGACCAGCCUAAGCAGUCUAGGAACCGAGAGGAUAAGCCAUAUCAUCAGUGACCCCGGCCAGAAAGAAAAGAAUAAAGCAUUGGCUUCUGAUUUUCCUCCCAUUUCUGCUUGUGCACAUGAGUUUAAUCCUCUCUCCCCCCUUUACUCCCUGGAUGUUCUUGCUGAUUCUUCUCAUCGAAGGUGUUCCCCUGCACACUGCUCUGCCAGGCAGGCAAAGGUACACUGGGGACCACCAUGUUCACGUGACAUUAAGAGGAAACGGAAGCCUGUGGCCUCAGCAUCUUUACCUAGCUCUAGGACAGUGCACCCAGAUGUGUUGGAGCUAGCCACCCCAGCCCAGAAGCCUCCCCACUCUGAGUGGUUAGACGGGACCUCUGCAGCAGAGAAAGCUACUGCCUCAGCUCCAGCCACGUUUUUCAAAAUGCCACAUGAAAAGAGUUCUGGAUGCAGCUAGAGCCCAGUGGCUGAUGGGUGUUGAAACUUCGUAUUAUACAGCCUCGGUGUCCUAAUUGGCACCCCUGGUCCUUGCACCACCAGGACUCACUCCUCUUCACAUGCAGCGGUGGCUCUUUCUUUUAGAAGAUCUUAUUUGGGGAAUCUUUUUCUGUAAAGCAGCGGGGCAGCAGUUUUCCUUGAGGGGGCGGGGCAUCUUCUGUUGUAUCCCUUACUCUGUUGUUAGCCCGCUGCUCACCUUCUCACCUUCGCUGCUUUCCUAGAGCUGAUGCUCCUGGGCAGCUGUGUCUUUGUUCUAGUAACAGCGUUGGCAUCCCUUCUGCAUAGAGCUUUUACUAUCACCAGUGAAGUCCCAAAUUCACAGCCAAUUCCAAACACAUUCCUCCAUGGGAUGUGUCUGUGCAGUACGGCUUGCCAUCAAGCCUUUAUUUACUCUGUGCCAGUAAGAUACAUCGACCAGGUUCUCAGUUCGGGGCCUCAGAAGAGACACCAGCAUGAGGGGUUGGGAACUUCUUCCACUGGGCUUGCACAUGAACUGAGGGAUCACUGGCAGCUGCGCUGUCCUUGACCUCAUCUUCAUGGUCUGUGUUCUGGUGGCAGAGGGCACACCUAAGCUCAGAGGUUGGUGUACUAAAAUGCAGAUGGAGGUUUAGGUGCGCAGCAGAAUAGUCAGUGGCUGGUGUUUGCUCUAGCAUUCUGAUCCUGGCUUAAUUAUAUUCUGAGUGGGACUUCACUGUUCGUUAUUCUAUAGAAUAAUGCUCUGUUAUCUGAGAAGGAAAAUGUCUUUGGGACAUGGGACAUGCCUCUGUGUGGCGUGUUUAUGACUGUUCAGCUGCAUGUAGAGCUGUAUAUACGGCUGUGCCUCAAGUCAAUGCUACUUUGUCAAAGUGAGGAAUAUGUGACUGCUUGGAGCUGCUGGGGAAAAGCCACAUUUCCCAAAAGUAUUCUCAAGAGCACCUGUCAUUCAGGGGCCUGCUUGACAGGGUGCUCUUACUUUGUAUCAACCGAGUGCUUCUACUCUGAAAAACACAGGAGCUGAUGUUAAACCCUCACUGCUUUGGUCACAUGGGACCGAACACCUCUCCCUUAGACAGGUGCCUCGUUUUCCCAAAGUGUAAUUGUCCCUCCCACACAGUGUAAUUAAUGCGAGGUGGGCAGGCGGUCAGAGUGUGAGUCUGUAUGGAAAGGGGACUCUGAAGCUGGUUUUAUAGAUUCUGUGGAAGGCUGAGAACGUACCAGCUGGCCAUAAGAGAGUGGUGAAGGGAGAUGCAGAUAGAGAUCAUAUAACACUGGAGGGUAACACCGAAGCCUCCAGUCCCCCAGAAUCACCCUGAUUCUUAGAAGGAGUGACUGUCCUAUGGGGUGUCACAGCUACAUCCACAGAAGGUAGGGAAUGUGGCACUGUUUGGUGGCUCAGUGAUGAAAGUGGGCUGUGUUGUGCGUUCUCACCUAGACUUAGUUCUGCAGUGGCCUGUGGAACACGGUUCUGACAUCCUGGCUUGGGCCAAGGGAGAGAUCUACUGAUGACAAACCAGUUCCUAAACUUCAUGCAGACAUUGAUGAUGAUGGCUUUUGAGACCGCCACGGUUAGGUGCAAAGAUAUUCCCGUAGCUCUCCUUUGUGGUCCAUUGCCAGGUCGUCCUCUCCUACCUGGGAUUUAAAGUAGUUUAUAUAUACAUAUUUAUUUACACUUUAAAUAUCUCUCUGAAGCCAUGCCAAUUUUCAGAGGUAAAGGCAGACUUGCAUAUUGUAUUCAGGCACAUGAGUAAGCCCAAACAAACUAUAGACUUAGAUGCUAUUCUGCCCUGGGUUAUAUAAUCUGUGUUUCUCAUUGGUAUCCCUGGUCAGUCUGAGACCCAUGUCAAUAAUGUUUUUUCAUGAUUGUUUCAUUUUUCUUGGUCAUGAAUUUCUAUACAUUUCUGAAUAAUUUUGACAGGGAUCAGCCAAGAUUAUAGUAUCUACCUGUAACGAAUGGGAAUAAAGUCAUUUAUCUGAGAAAAUAGAAUAUUAAGUGCACAAAUACUUUCUAAUACAGGGUUGUAAAUUACGCUCAUUUUAAGGUACACAUGCUUAGGGAAGCCAUUUAUUCUGCUAUUUCUCUGUCAACCAGCUUCAGAGGCUAACUAGUAUCAGCUGUAUUUUAAACCUUACAUUUAAACAUUUUUAUGACACAGUGGAUAAUGCCAUAAAUUAAGAUCUGCUUUUCAAGGAGAGGUGCGGUUUUGUUGUCAGUAUUUAAGAUCACCAAACAGACCUUAAGGAUGCACUGGAUAUGAGAAGUAAAUGAAGCCAAGAGCCACGGUUCUGAGUUCUGUUAAAUCCUUACAGACUACACAGAUGUUUCUGAAUUUCACUGUUGUGUUUUUUUUCUAAAACAGACAAACAUGUUAUCUACUUGCAUGAUAUCCAUUCACACAUUGUUAGCUUUGCAGAGGAGUUUGAAGGAGUUUGAGAUUACUUUUAAGAUGCAGCAGUUAAAGGAGGAGCUUCAUUUGUAUCCAAACCUCUGCAUAGCUCUUUGGUCAGAACUGCUGGGAAGAGGAAGUCAUUGCUGUUUUCAUGACGCUACAUUUACAGGGACAGAAUAUCGUUUUCCUGAGUGGCAUGUGGUUAAGCCUUGAGUUCUCUAGAGAUCAGUGGCAGUGAGAGACGUUGGCGUUGGCUCUUAAACAAGACCAGUUCUCACAGCAGAUGACCCAAAGUAAAUAAAGUGUCUCAAUCUUU